AUGAGCGAGACCAACUGCCAUAAAUGGAAGUUCGUUAUCUACCGUGUGGCACACGUCGAUGAGGAUAUUUGGAAUCCUUACCUUCCGAGGGAAGACGUCCGCGAAAUGCUGCAGCGUUACUGCCGGGACGGGCUCCUCAUGCAGAAUGCCCAAUUUACCAUCAUCUACCCUGUCGCUGAAGGCGGCAGCAACACAAACGACUUUGUUGAGACGCUCCCCUCACACAUCGAGGGCAAGAAAAAGCGCAGAGCCUCUGGGUUCGGGGGAAUUCCACCUCUUGUAGACGUCGUCAUUGAUGACGACUUGUCUUCCGACAGCCAUGCCAGCACAGAGUAUGUGUCAUGA